AAACCGGAGACGGGCAGAGAGCUGCUGAAUCAGGAAAUCACCGGUACAUUUUGUUUCUUAGCUUGAUGAAAUUACAAAUAACAUGUUUUCGAAAUCACAGAGAUUGUACGUACGCUAAACUUAGAACGUGUCCAAUCAAGAAAAUAUUGAAAAAGUUUUUGUCGUAGCAUCCUUUCAUGUAAGCUUCGGAUUUAAAAAUGCCACGCAAGAAGGUGACGGAUGUCUCAGGGAACGGUGGGAUGAAAAAGAAGAGGGCCAGCGGCAAAAGGAAAGAGAGGGACUUUAGUAGUGACGACGAGUUCGACUACGAGCAGGAGAACAACAAGAAACCUGGCAAGCCCGCUGCCAAGUCCGGUCUCCAGCCGGUCACUGUGGCCGACGACGUCAAAGAGAAAAUAAAACUUGAGUGCGCAAAGGUUAAAGGUCAACUGAUCAUCUUUGGAGCAACCAACUGGGAUUUGAUUGGAAGAAAGGAGGUGCCCAAACAACAAGCUGCUUUCCGCAAUCUGGGCCAGAAUCUGUGGGGUCCUCACCGCUACGGCUGUCUGAAUGAUGUCCAGGUCAGCUGUGUGGUGGCUGGGCCCUGUGCUGCACACAGUCUCCUCAUGACCACUGAGGGCAAGCUGUGGAGCUGGGGUCGCAAUGACAAAGGUCAGCUGGGUCACGGAGACACCAAGCGCCUGGAGGCUCCAAAGUUGAUCGAGGCCCUCGCAGAUCAUGUUAUUGUUGCUGCAGCCUGUGGACGCAAUCACACCCUGGCACUCACAGAGGAUGGCACUGCAUACUCGUUUGGUGAGAACAAGCUGGGCCAGCUCGGCCAAGGCAACCAGACCGAUGCAGUCCUCAGCCCAGCACCGAUUUCCUACAAUGGCCAGCCCCUGGUGAAGGUGGCUUGUGGAGCUGAAUUCAGCAUGGUGGUGGACUGCAAAGGAAACCUGUACUCCUUCGGCUGCCCGGAGUACGGACAGCUGGGUCAUAACAGUGAUGGCAAGUUCAUAGCUCGCGCCCAGCGCAUCGAGUUUGAUUGUGAACUCAUCGCUCGCCGUGUCGCCAUCUUCAUCGAGAAGUCCAAGGAUGGCCAGAUCAUGCCUGUCCCCAAUGUGGUGGUCCGAGAUGUGGCCUGUGGGUCCAACCACACGCUGGUGCUGGACUCUCAGAAGCGAGUGUUCAGCUGGGGUUUUGGUGGUUACGGGCGCCUGGGUCACACGGAGCCGAAGGACGAGAUGGUUCCUCGACUGGUCAAACUGUUUGACUUUCCUGGACGUGCCGCCUCUCAGAUCUGUACAGGCUACCAGUGUUCCUUCGCUAUCAAUGAGAUGGGGGUGCUGUUCUUCUGGGGGGUGACAAACACCUCCAGGGAGUCAACCAUGUACCCCAAAGCUGUGCAGGAUCUGUGUGGAUGGAAGGUCCGCAGUCUGGCCUGUGGGAAGAGCAGCAUCGUUGUUGCUGCAGAUGAGAGUACAAUCAGCUGGGGACCCUCGCCCACAUUUGGAGAGCUGGGAUAUGGAGACAACAAACCCAAGUCCUCCACCACGGCCCAGGAGGUCAAGACCUUGGAUGGCGUCUACAUUGAGCAGGUGGUGAUGGGCUACUGUCACACUCUGGUAAUUGCCAGACAGGACACUGAGCAGGAACAGGAGAGACUGAAAAAGCUGCCCGAGUACAACCCCCGAACGAUCUGAUCGGGCCUCCGACAGCAACACCUCAACCAGUGAUGCUCAUCAGGAACACCUGGCCUGUUUAGGCACUGCUAGUGUCACAGCGGGAUGGUUGAGUUCAGGGGGAGGUGCUCACAAGUCCGAAGGAUUUCCACACAUCUCAACAACCAGCAAACAGGCUCUAACAAUUCGGACAGUAUAAUCAGAGAAAAUGGGACUGGAGACGGACAGAAUCUCUGGAUGGUCCAGCUCUCACAAUGAACGGUCACGAUAUCUUCACUUCCCACCUCGAGUGAACCUGCAACAGUUUGCUCCAAGCACUUCACACCUAGUAGAGGUGUGCUUCCCAAAACCCCCGUUCCAUUUUGUAAUACAGCCAAACAUUCAUGUCUUGUUCUGUUGUUUUUCUUUGUUGCAGUAUAUAAAAUGAUAACGUUGUUUGUCACAUUUACGGGUGCUAUGACAGGACCCUCAGUCUUUUCCUACUGAGGGGUUUUCAAAGACCAAUGCUCCAUAUCUGUGCCUUUUUCUACGUGUAUGUUCAGGAUAUGGAAGUGUUGUUUGUGUCGUUCAGAGGAUCAGCUGAUCCCUCCGAUUCAGCGGCUAUGGCAGUAUGAGCAGGCGUGUGCUGCUGCCACGGAUUACAAUCAGGAUUUGAACGUCAUGUUCUGAGUUGGGGCGCUCCACUCGACGGUUACAUUCCUUUUAUCUUCUUCAGUGUUUGCAUCAAGUAUGCACACCUCAGUCCUUCCAAGACCAGUGUCUGCUCGAUCUCGUCUUUGCUAAUAGUAACUAUUCCGACGCUCAAAGCGGUUUCACAAGCAAGUCAGAACCUUUACAACCAAUAAAUGCACCGUCUCUAAAUAUAUCAAGGUGUGCUGGAAAUGAAGGCAUGUUCUUUUAAAAACAGCAGAGGUGUUUUCCUCCUAACUGUUCUCUUUUUUUAUGGUGAAAUUUCUCCGGGUUACUUUGUUUUUUCAUUGAAAUGGUUAAAUAAAGAUUCAUGUGAA